GAAACACAGCACUUCUUUUUUUGACAUUGACGUAAAGUAACAAAUCUGUCAAAAGGGGAAUUUUGUGUGUCCCAAUUUGUUUUCAUUUCGUUUUUUCGCUUUUAAUUCCAAAAAAACUAAUUAAAAUGGCCCGUUAUUUCAAGGAACAGGAUAUUGAUGAAUUCCGUGAAUGUUUCUACCUGUUUGCCCGGUCGGGGCAGAUCACAUCGCUGGACGAGCUGACAGUAGUCAUGAGGUCCUUGGGAAUGAGCCCUACUAUACAGGAGUUGGCUGGUUACCUGAAAGGUAAAGGAGGCAAGAUGUCGUUUGCUGAUUUUUUGGAGGUGAUGCACAUACAUUCCCGUGCUGAAAAUCUACCUAAUGAGGUGGUGAAUGCCUUCAAAGCCGGUGACACAGACAAGUCAGGUGUGAUACCAGCCAAGCAGCUGCGUAACCUGCUGCAGAACUGGGGCGAAGGCCUAUCUGCUAGAGAGGUGGACAAUAUAUUCAGGGAAGCCAAUGUGACUAACAGUGGAACUGUUCGUUAUGAAGACUUUGUGAAGAUCGCAUGCGCACCUGUCCCAGAUUAUUAUUAAUUUGUUAAAUAGGGUGACCGGUAAUUAGUGAACGAUAUUUAAACACGUGAUUGUACUCGUGAUUACAAACAACUUUCCCGAAGAAACUUUUUUUGUAUACUCGUUAGUUUUAUUUUUAUCGCAAUAACAAAACAACAAAAUUUCGCGCACGCGUGCUUUCGCAUGAUCAGCUGUUAGCAGCGAGGCGCCCGCGUUAUCGGAAGACUAGUAACUAGGUAGGUAUUUUGGAACUUUACGCGCGUGUGCUAAUGAAAUUUUGUUGUUUUGUUAUUGUAAUAAAAAUAAAACUAAUGAGUAUACAAAAAAUGUUUCUUUGGGAAAGUUGUUUGUAAUCAUGAGUACAAUACAUUAAUACAAACAUUCCAUAUUUUUUUAUAUUAACCAUUUAUAAAAUGUGUGUUGUAAGCCGUCCAGUUUUUUAUUUACAUAAUAUAUUUAUCAUUAUUGUAUUAUUUAUUAAGAGUGAUUUGAAAUAAAGAUAAUAUAUUUUUA